UUAAAAUCCUGUUCGAUAAUUUACGUGUUUUAUUAAAACCAACUUUUUUAAUACUCAGUUUUAUUUCAAAAGAAACAACUUUUUUUGUGUAGUUUAAAAAUUCAAUGAGUUAGAUUUCAUAACCUUACUCCGGUACCUUCACUAGUUGUCUAAUUGUUUUCUGGAGGCGUCAGUUUCCCACCAGCAGUGAGUCAUUAAUUUUACACUCGAAAUGGAUGUUGAUAUUGAUAGUUCUAUUCCGAAAAUUGAAGAAAAUGAAAAUGCUGACAAACAUCCCAAGGAUCAUUUGCUCGGCAUUUUGGAUCAAGUUGAAGCUCACGUUGAAAGAUUACGAAAAGAUACAUUACUCUUGGAAGAGAAGAAAGACUCUUUAUUCACAACAUUAGACGCGAUCAGGAAUUCCGAACUUUUGUCGGGAUUAUUAGAGACUGAUCGGGAUGAUAUACAAAGGUACAUAGACAGGGUAACUAUGCGCUGUAUGACUAUUGAAAUACUAGUUAGAACAAAUAGAGAUCAAGCCCAAGAAGAGUCUCUCUUUCAGGUAAAUCGACUCAUUGACCAACUUGUAGUGUCUUUUAAACAGGAUCCUUCUUCAACAAGGGUUAGAUGUCAGGCUUAUCUUGCUGCUUGUUCACCUCAUCCCGAAGUACCUACAGAUAAAGCUUUUGAAAUUGCUUUAUUAGGUUGUGCUUUGGAUGAUCAGAAGAAGAUCAAGAAAAGGUUACAUGGUUUAUUAAAUUAUCUCGAACAGGAUGGUAAAAUCGUUCCACUAUCAGAUUAAAAGUGAUUUAUAGACCCUUAAUUUGUUGUGUACAGUUUCAUUAUUAACACAUCAUCUAGUGCUGCAGCAGUGUUAGGAGCGGACAAUUACAUUACAUUCCACUAUAUUACAUGUUAACUUGUUAUGUUGGAGAACCUGUUGCCGAGGCUGUGUUCAAAGUUAAAGCUACUCAAUGUUUCAAUUGUCAUUAUUUGUUACUCUUUCGUUUAAAAUGACUUGAACAAUAUUGCAGGUGCUUAUCUUUGUUUGAUACAACAGGUAUUAUUUAAAAAUGUAUUGUACCUUUUAGUUUCUUAAAAGUUUUACUAUAUUAACAAUCACAUUGCUUGUCAAUUUAAUCUAUCUAAUGUUCAUUUUAUUUAAAGCUCAAUAUUUUUAAAUUUCUCUAAAUUGAAUAAAAGAAUCAUUU